CGAACUUGACCUGCCUGCAGACAAAAGAGAGAUCUGUGCAAAAUUUUAGCUUCCUAUCUUAAUUCGUUUAGACUGUAGCGUGAUUACAACAGACGGACAGACGGACGGACAGGGCUAAAUCGUCUUAGAAUUUUACGCUGAUCAAGAAUAUAUAUACUUUGUUGGGUCUAAAAUGAUUAUUUCGAUGAGUUACAAACGGAAUGACAAAGUUAAUAUACCCUCCAUACCUUUUUUGGUGGAGGGUAUAAAAACAAUUAAAUUAAAUAAAUAAAAUAAACACUCCCCAUCAAAAAACCUGCUGCUGUCAUCAAAUCCAGAUGCCCCGUCGCUGCAAUUGCCGUCUAUGCAGGAGCAAACACAACAAUCAGGAGAGUGAUUCUGAUUCACAGGUUUGCCGCGAGGCGUGGGCUCCCCAAGAGGAUAUACUGCGACAACGCGACGAAUUUCGUGGGAGCCAGCAGAGAGCUGAGGGAGCUUCAGGAGAAGUUCCUAGCAGGCCGAGAAACCGUGGAGGAAUACGCUGCCUCGUUGAACGUGCAGUUCAGCUUCAUUCCUCCGAGGGCGCCUCAUUUCGGAGGGCUGUGGGAAGCUGCCGUAAAACAGGCGAAGUUCCUGCUUCUACGAGCUGUCGGCAAAGUGCUGCUGACACAAGAAGAGAUGGUCACAGUGCUCGUAGAAGUAGAGGCGGUGCUAAACAGUCGCUCCAUAGCACCGCUGUCUCCAGACCCCAACGACGGAGAAGCUCUGACUCCCGGGCACCUACUAAUCGGAGCGGGUCUGCGUUCGCUGCCGCCAGAAUCCGUCGGAGAAGACAGCAACAACAAGAAGAGGUACUGCAAGCGCUGGCAGAUGCUCUCCGCUCUCAAGCAGAGGUUCUGGCGGGCUUGGUCGAGGGAUUACGUCCUAGGACUACAGGACAAGGCCAAGUGGCACUAUCCCCAGCCCAACAUAGAGGUCGGUCAACUAGUCCUCGUGCACGAGGACAAUCUGCCACCUCAAGAGUGGGUAACCGGCCGAAUCGUCAACGUCACCGAGGGCCAAGACGGAAAGGUCAGGGUGGCGGAAGUAAGAACAAGGACGGGCACAUUAAAAAGGCCAAUAAGGAAGCUCGCUCCAAUCCCGAUUUGUUAAAGUCCUGCAGCCAUUCAAUGGGGGCAGAAUGUUGGAGCAGUUUUAUUGAUUUUUUUUGCCUUAUUGAAUUUUGUUAAUUGUAAUUGUUACUUCAAUUUAUUUGUUUUUU